AAUUAUGAAAAUGAAAACUGUAUGAAGGCGCACUCGUUUAAAACGAAAUUGUGAUGACUGUGUUUUACUGAUAUGUAAGUUUGGGUGAUAUGUAAGUUUGGGUGAUAUUUAAGUUUGGGUGAUAUUUAAGUUUGGCUGAUAUUUAAGUUUGGGUGAUAUUUAAGUUUGACUAAUAUUUAAGUUUGGAUGAUAUCUUAGUUUGACUUAUAUUUAAGUUUCGAUGAUAUAUUCGUAACAGGAGCUGUGAUUAGACACAAGUUAUUACAAGAAAAAAAGCACACAAACAAGCAUGGAUUGGAAUCCUAGACCAGCAGAGGAAUUAUGGGAACUUAUCAGUAAGAACGACUCUCCGUCCAUUUUGAAGGGGAUCCUAACAGAAGAGUUGUUUCACAAACUGAAGGACAAAAAAACUUCAUUUGGCGGUACACUGGCACAUUGUAUGAGUUCAGGGUGUUUGCAUUUUCGUAAAAACGCAGGUAUUUAUGCCAGCGAUCCCGAGGCGUAUAGUGUGUUUGCUGACAUAUUCACUGAAGUUAUAAGAAGGUAUCACCGUGUUGAAAUUUUAAAUCAUCCGGAACCUUACUAUGGGUCAGAAGAACAAAUAAGAGCCUUACAGAAUAUUGAUCCUGAUGGUGAAACGGUCAUAUCUACACGUGUACGCGUUGGCCGAAGUCACGCAAAGUACCCAUUUAUACCCGUAUGUUCGUUACAGAACUUAGUCGACAUGGAGAAAGAGACCGCUUGCGCCUUGAACUCACUAACUGGUGAACUGGCUGGGAAAUAUUACUCACUGGCAGAUUUGGACAACGCAACAAAAGAACAAUUAAUAACUGACCACUUUCUCUAUAGACACGAUGACGAAACGUUGAGAGAUGCUGGCCUUUAUAAAUUCUUGGACAAAGGAAGGGGCAUCUUCUUUAAUGAAGCUAAAACAUUCAUAUGUUGGGUCAACGAAGAGGACCACGUACGAUUAAUCUCCAUGGAGACAGGAGGUGAUAUAGCGUCCGUAUAUUUACGCCUUGUAAAGGCUAUUCGAGAGAUGGAGAAAAGGUUGACCUUUGCUAAGAAAGAAGGUUACGGAUUUUUAACUUUCUGUUCAACAAAUCUAGGAACAACAUUGCGAGCUAGUGUUUUAAUGGCAAUUCCGAACGUUUGUAAACAACCCAACUUCUUGGACGUUCUAAACAAGUACAACAUACAAGCUAGAGGCACCUGGGGAGUCGGUUCUGCGAAUGUUGAUGACAUAUACGACUUGUCUAAUAAGCGCCGGCUCGGUCUGACAGAGUUCGCGGCUGUAACAGAAAUGUUGAACGGAGUUCGUGCUAUCAAAGAAUGGGAAGAAGAACUUGUUCGCAUUAACAAAACAGACAAAUAGAUACCAUAUAAACAUUUUAUUAAACCAAACAAUAACAUUAUAUUACGAAUUUCACAAUUUCCUUAAAGAUAUGUGUCUUCAUCUUAGUACAACUUCAACUUGUACCAUGUACUUUCACUAUUUCUAUACGUGUACCAAUAAUUAUUACACUUACAAAAAUGUAUAUUUUUAUUUCUGCAGUAAUAAAAAACACACAAAACAU